UCACUUUCAGUUCAGCGCCCUCGUUUCUACUUCCUUUCUUUCUAGUUUGUUGUGUACGGAGUUAAACAUGCCUAAAGCACGCAAGGAACCCGUAAAUGCUGUUCAAGUCUUCGGACGCAAGAAAACAGCCACUGCCGUCGCAUACUGCAAACGGGGACGUGGUCUGCUCAGAGUAAAUGGUCGCCCACUGGAUCAAAUUGAACCAAAAAUUUUGCAGUACAAACUGCAGGAGCCGCUGCUACUGUUGGGCAAGGAGAAAUUUGCCGGUGUUGAUAUCCGCAUCCGAGUGUCGGGCGGUGGUCAUGUCGCACAGAUCUACGCUAUCCGACAGGCUAUUUCCAAGGCCCUAGUGUCGUUCUACCAGAAGUACGUCGACGAAGCCUCACGUAAAGAACUGAAGGACAUUCUCACCCAGUACGACCGAACUCUGCUGGUUGCCGAUCCACGUCGCUGCGAACCGAAGAAGUUCGGUGGUCCAGGUGCUCGUGCACGUUACCAGAAAUCUUAUCGUUAAGGAUUUGCGGCCGUUUGAAAAUAAACAAUCCAUUCUAAAACUAUGCAGAUGCGGGGAUUCAUUUGAGGAAAUUAGAAUAAAAGGAAGACAGAC